AUUAAUAUCAUGUUACCAACAACCUCAAAUAUUUAUAUAUUAUAAAUCCAUAGAAAAUAAGAGAGGUCCAAAGGCUCCUCGCCCAUUAACCCAACCCAAGUGAGUAAAGCAGACAAGCGCUUUCCACUCUCUCUGAGGAGAUGGGAGUGAGCAACAAAAUCACAGCAUUUCUUAACUUCAUCGCCUUCCUCUGCUCAGUCGCCAUCAUCGCCGCCGGAGUCUGGUUCGCAUCGAAGCCGGACAACGAGUGUAUCCGCCUCUUCCGGUGGCCGGUUGUCCUGGUCGGCGUCUUUGUUCUCAUCGUCUCCCUCGCCGGCUUCGUCGGCGCCCAAUGGAACAAGGAGUCCCUCCUGGUCCUCUAUCUCUUCGCCAUGGCCAUCCUCAUCGUCGUCCUCCUCGUCCUCCUAGUCUUCGCCUUCGUCGUCACUCGCCCCGACGGCUCAUUCUCCGUCCCCGGCCGGGCCUACCGGGAGUACAGCCUCGACAGAUUCUCGUCGUGGCUCCGGGAUCGCGUCACUAGCUCCGGCAAUUGGAACAAGAUCAAGACCUGUCUCGCGGAAUCCGACGUUUGCGUCAAGCUCAGCCAGGAGUAUGUCACCGCCGAUCAGUUCUUCGCCGCCCCAAUCUCGCCUCUACAGUCUGGGUGUUGCAAGCCUCCAACAGUUUGUGGGUAUACUUUCGUGAACCCAAUUACAUGGGUGAAUCCAGUGAAUCAAGCAUCGGAUCCAGACUGCUAUGCCUGGAGCAAUGACCCCAACCAAUUGUGCUACGGGUGCAACUCUUGCAAGGCUGGUCUCUUGGGGAACCUAAGGGAUGAAUGGAGGAAAGCCAAUGUGAUUCUGAUAGCCGCAGUUGUGGUGCUAAUUGUUGUCUAUGUCAUUGGCUGCAGUGCCUUCAAGAAUGCCCAAACUGAGGAACUCUUUCGGCGAUACAAACGCGGUUGGGCCUGAUCUUUUAUCUUUUGACACUGCCCCUUUUCCCAAUUUGAUGGUUUUGCUUUUGUUUUCUUUCUUUUCAUCAUCUUUUGAUAACUUUUCUGUAUAUGUUCCUCUGUAUUGUUCUAUAUAUAGAUUAUAUAGAUAGCAACUGCAGACAGUUUGGAAUA